AAAAGUCCAAAAAAUUGGCGCGGAUGCACGUGCAGCUACUGCCUCCUCCACACAAACAAACUGUCAGUCAUAGGACAGCAACAGCAACAGCAUUGCUCGACGACGGAAGGCCGGGAGCAAUGAGAGCAUGGUUCUCAAUACGCUGCCGGCUGAGCUCAUCUCCGAGAUCGCGCUCGCGGCCGAAGAGCUCGACCCCAACGUCCACCUGACGCUGGCCUCUGUAUGCUACCACACGCGGCAGGCUGUCCUCGGGCAUCUGUACCACAGCAUCUGCUGCCCCACUGCCCAGUCGCUGUCGACGUUUGCCGACCUGCUUGACGCGUCGCCCGAGCUGGGCGCGUUGAUUCGAUGCCUCAGACUCGGCCCCUGGGACAUCCUAGCAUCAGCAUCGACGUCGUCGCACGACUUCUCGGGUGUCAAUCCAAAAGCGACAGGUAAGCGAGCCUCAGAGGCCGGGCGCAUCUUGGCCAGGUGCUCGAGGCUCGACGAGCUCGUCAUUUGGGAUGCACUACUGGGUCGCCCUGGCCUGGCGAGCCUGCACGAAGAAGCGAGAUUGAAGCGGCUCAGCCUGCCCUAUCUCUGGCGCGGCGGGCACACUAUCCCCUGUUCCUCGGCGCCUCUGAAGAGGAGCGUGGCCCAGGCUGCGGCUCCGACAAGGGUCACACAGAGGUCUCCGGCCGCCGUCAUGCCCCAGCUGGAGCAGCUUGAGGUACUCGAGGUGCUGCUGAGCGGCCUGACAAGCUCCGACAUUGCCUCGAUCGCCACCUUCUCUCACCUCCGGGUCUUCCGCUGGUUCUACCGGCCGCUAGGUCUGUCCGAGAUUGAGGUCCUCUUUCGCAAACUCGACGAAGAGUGGAAGGUGAGGGGGACAAGGCCCAACGAUAUGGAGAUCUUCAUUGCGGCCAACAACGGCAAACUGGCCCAGAUGGAGGGCUGGCUCGCCGCGCACUCGAGCGGCUCGAUUGGCCUUGACGAUGCCUUCGUGCAAGAAGUCACCCACGCCAUGGCGGACAUGGAAGUCGUCGAGGGCGAAAGGGACCCAGAGACGGACUUUCUAAACGCGAGGAGGGCCGCGGGCAGAGAGGGCUUUGUGCCGGGCGCGGCGCCUGUCUUCAAUCGGCCUCAGGUCUCAUCCGAGCCUGCGCCUGUGCAGGCUCAGGCGCAUGUACCGGCAACAACGACGACGCUAAUGCCGCCUUCUUCGGCCCAUACGAGUCACACACCAAGAUCGACACCCUCAAUGCCAGAAGCCGGCGCACCACCUCGACCAGACUUCAUCCUCGGAGGCUUCCCCACCGAAGACGCGGAGGAUGUCUAUGCGCGAAGGCUGUCCGAAUGGCAGAGACGGCUGGAGGAGAGGCAGGAAGGGGCUUCAAACGGCCUCAACAAGGCGCCAGAACCAACCGAUUACCUUGGCAUGGCCGGCCAGUGGCUUCGCGAGGGCAAGCUUCAUUUUGAUCUUCGCCGCUGGCGCGCUGCCGUCAUGGCGUGGGAGCUGCAGUGGGCAGACGUCUGGGAGCGUUACGAAUUUGCACUGGAGAGAGGCAGGCCGCAAGGGCAGGCACAGGCGCAGGCGCAGGCGCAGGUGCAGGCGCAAGCAAACGAUGCAGCGUCGCACGGAAGGAGUAAUCCAAAUAAUAAUUGCUCCGAGACCCUCUUGUCAGGAGAGGAUCAGCAGGAACCGUUUUUGCUCGCACAUCUCGCCGACGCUGUGCCAUAGCGCGCAUCUCGCCCCCAUCAGCUGAAUGAAUUCUCGGGCAAUCCCCCCCCUCGUCGUGGAUUUUAUUUUCCUCAAAUUGGGCCCUGAUCCCUGCUGGAAAAUUGAGCCGGCGUUGACAUCCUAACAUGUCGGCCCUAGCAGUCUGCCGGGAUGUUGCGUACAGGCCCGGGGGGAAAUUAUUACCCGAGCGCGCGCAAACCUCACCGGUAA